UGACUAUGAUUGGUUCCGCAAUUAGUGGAGUGCGCUACCAAAUCCUGGACCCACCAUCUCCCUCGAUCAGCUGAUAAGGUGCAGAACAAAAACAAAUCAGUCAGUCCGUCGUCUGACUGUAAGACGCCCUUGACAGCACGAAUUUUGGUAAGAAAGAAGUAAGCUGGAGAGAACAGAAUGGCUCGUCGAAGUGGAUGUUGCAUGUAUUUUAAUAUAAUCACUGCUAUCCUUGGCACCUUUGGAGGAUUAUCAGCAUUCGCUGUAUUUUUCUUCCAUUUUGGGAAUCGUCAAGCAGGUCUUUGGGCUUUCGUUUCUGGAACCUUUGCAGCAACUACCUUAUUGAUUCACAUUUUGUACAAGAAGCAUACUUUAGAGUCAUGGUACACAGCCGAAAACCUUCUCCAGAUUCGUCUCUUGGGAUUUCUUGGAAUGCUUGCUGGCUUAGGAGGUGUUGCAGCUUAUCUUAGUAUUGCUCUAACAAAUCACGAAGAAAUGCCGUCAAUGAAAAACAUUGGAUCAAAUCAUUACUUCAUGCUAAUUUGGGCAGCAUUGACACUGAAGUGGGGAGCAUCUCUGUUUGCCUUUUCCCACAUCUACCGUAAACGACUUCUGGAAGAGUACCACCCUCUUUUAUCAUAAGCAUUAAUUUUUGGUUGUCAUUCAGGUUGUGACGAUGAACUCACAUUCUCGUAAGUACUUUACAGUGUGAGUAGUUAAUAUGGUGAUGUAGUACUUGACCAUCUAAUGCAAAACACUGUUUUGAAACACCUUUUCAUUGAACUAAUGAUGUAGUGUUUUAACUAUUCAGAUAGUAGCAUAUGAUCAGUUUCAUUGCAAUGGUAGAAUGUCAUAAUCUUAUUUACUUGCUAGGGUUAUGUAACUAUUUUACACUUUUCAUCAGAAUUAACAGCAUUAGCUUCAUAUUUGACUACUCCUGCCAACAAUAAUUAGUCUUGGGUCCUUUACUUUUUUAACUAUAAGAGUCACAUUGUAAGAUGAAAGAAUGAGUUAUAGGUAUAUAAUUCCCUAAAGGUUUGGCAUGCAUAAUGUAGAGUUACCACUACAGAAUGCUGCACCAUAGUUUUUCCUUGAAGAAAUGAUGAAAUAAUUAGUUAUAUCAUCAUUGUCAUUUAUGUUAGUAGAAAUCUAUGUUAGCUGCUACUUUAUACAUUGUUAUGCAGAGCUCUGUUAUAUUUGUCAACUCUAUAAAUUUUUUGGAACUCAUUACAUAUUAUGCAGAGUGCUAUUAUAUUUGUCACCUCUAUUGCUCUGCGUAUUUGUUAUUAAUAUACAUAUUCAAAGUCAGUUUAUGUUGGAAAGCCCAGUAGGCAGAUAUUGCAAUUUACUCUAUGUAACAUACUGAAGGCAGUCCUGCAAGUUCUUUGCAGUUACCUUUCAGUUUCCAGCUCAUUUACAAUUUUAUAACAAAUCCAUUGUGUAAGCCCAGAGAGACUGUAAAAACUUGGUACUCCUUAACAACCUUUAAAUAAUGAUGAUGCAAUGGAAGUUUCAAUGAAACUUACACUGAAACUUACACUAUAUUGUACUCUUGAAACCGUAUGACUCUACCCACUAGUGGUCAUCCUAGACCAAAAUAUACAAAUUUAUAAUGCCAAAAAAACAAAAAAUAGUAGCCUUUCAGUUGGUGCUAUGCAUUGAUAUCAUCCAACUGUUCCAUUUGUAAACAGUCUUAUACAGUAUAUUAUGUAAUGAAUUUUAUGUAGUAGUGUCUAUUAGAAACUUAAAGUAGGUUGCAUAUAUGAUAUUUUAUAAAUAGAUUUAAACUUGUAAGCCUUUGACAUUUCAUAAGCCAAUUACUUAGGUAGCUUGGAAGGCAAACAUUUCAGAAUUUACUGAAAAGUACCAGAUUCUCAAUAGGCUGUGGCUGAUCUCAAUGUGGGUUAGACCCAUCCUCCUUUAUCCAUACUGUCAUUCGUGUUGACUCUCAUCCUUGUAAUGGGGUAAUGCUUACAGCCCUCUGUAUGUGGUACUCUUGUCACAUUAUUAAGGUUUUUUUUCAGUGUUAUUCAGCUGCAGCUCCAGAGCUUUCUGCUUUGUAAUUUCCACCCUCUCCUUUGGUGUGUUCCUACCUAGCUGUUCAACUUCUUUAACUUUGUCUUGUUUCAGUUUUUACAUUACUUUAAGAACUAAAUCUUCAGACCAGCCCUGUGUAGAUAUAGAGAUGAACUCAUGAUGGUAAGGCAGUCCAUGAAAUGUAGCUGAGUGUCUGUCUGCACUUGUGAACAAUUCUCUAGUAUUACAUUUAUUUGAUGAUCGAGUUUUGUGCCUAUGCAAUGGUUACUCUGUAAAAUUAGUAUUCAAAAUUAAAUACCACAUACUAGUUAUAAAUAUGGUAUAAGACUUUUGUUUGAAAUUUUUUACAAAAUCAUGCAAUUACCAGGCUAUGGAGAGCAGUUUUCUCAUUAGAGAACAAGGGGAAAGAAUUGGUGAAGGUAUAUCAGUAAACAAUAUGAAAGCAUAUAAAUAAUAUGAUAUAGAGGACAUAAAAAUGCUUUUUAAAGGUUACAGGUGUGAGAGGUAUAAUGAACAGUAUACUUCCUUGCAUUUCAUACUUAUAUAAAAGUUGCCCAAACAUUGUAAAAUACAAUUAGUUGCAGUUUUUCUCUUCAUCCAGUUUUUAUCACCAAUUCUUAUUUCUUUUUUUUUCCCUUCAUUACCAGACUUUUAUUUUACAAAAUUCUGGACAGGUUUUAAGUGUAAUGAUCGAUGACAAGGGAAGGGAGGGUGAAGGGAUAUAGCUUUUUUUUCACUCUAUUCAUUGAUUUGCUGUAUCCUUUUUUCAUUCAUACAUCUUUCAGUUACUGUUUUCUUUUUUUUUUUCUUUAUCUCACUCAUUAUUUUGUGGAGUUUUAUUUAUAUAGAAAUUUUACAGUCUUUGGUUAUCACAGACUUUCCCAUAUUUUGAGAAAGAAUGGUCGAUCUGUUUUUGGGAGGAAGGAAGAUUAGAAUUGUCACCACCUUUAUUUCUCACGUGUUAAAUCUUUUAUAACCUUUGCUUUUGUCUUUCAUUUUGGAAUGAAUAUUAUUUAUGUAGUGUAUUUUUUUUUAUUUUCAGGAAUGGUAACAUAAAUACAAUUAACUUUGCCUUUAUGUGUAUUGUUCCAUUCUUGAAUUAAGUGGAUUUGGGGGUGUUUUCUUGCAGCUCAGCUAGCUCUGCCUUUUUACUUUUUAAAAACUUAUUUCCAUACUCUAUUACUGCACAUUCUGUAUAUACCAUUCCUUUAUUUAUGAGUUUUUAAAGUAAAUUUGUGGUUAAGAUAAAUUAAAGACUUCCAUCUUGUUAGCGUAUUUCUUAACAAUAACCGUGUCAAACAUAUCAGUGAAGUUGUAAAACUAUAAGCUGUUUGUAGGCCAGUCUGAUAAAGUGAACUAAAGUAUGCAGUACAGUUAGGAUGGUAUAGUUUGAGGAACAGCAGCGCUAGAAACUUGAUUGUCAAACAGUUUUACUAUGGCCCCCAACCCACUCCCCAUUUUACACGUUUCAUGUUGCAGAUUUUUGUGGAACGCGUUAUUCAUUUGUCUGCCGGCAAAUUUCACUAAUUUGCUCAUUUUUUCAUAGAGUAAUAUACACUAUUGAAGAGUAACAGUUGUAGGCAGGUAGUAUACUUAAUUUUGCAAAAUGACUUUAAAAUUAUAUUAAGUUUGUUCUGGAAUGAUACCUCUGAAAUUAUAUUGUGUUGAGGGAUGAUAGUUUGAGGUAUGUUUUUGUUUGAAGUGUCAAGUUUGGCGAUGAACUAUUAAAAUAGACAGUUACAUAAAAGCAUUUUAGGUGGUGUAUAUAGCCUACUUAAGAACAACAGUAGUAGAGUACUGUAAUAUAAGGUUACUUUUGGGUGUUUUGGGAUGAUGGUUUGUGAUGUACUUCUGUUUGAAAUUAUAUUAAACUUUUUUAGUUUGAUAAUUUAAGGCAUAUUUUGUUUGAUCUAUCAAAUUAAUUAUAUCAUUUGCAAUGUUUUAGUUUGAAGGGUCCUAGGUAUUUGGUGCAUAUUGCCAGUUAUAAGCAUUUUUAGAGGGGAUUUUUGCAUUUCCGUGGUAAUGUUUUGGAACCUAUUCCCGCGUAAAAAUGGGGGAUCACUGUAGAGGCAAAAAUGAGUUCCUUUAUGAAAUGUGAAGUAGAGCUGUUGGUUAAGGAGAUGACUAAGUUAGAUUAUAUGGAAGCUGAAGACUGUAAAGGCAUAGCAGCAGAGGCAGGAAGCUAAGGUCUCAGCUCCUUCAUGGUCUCAUAAAGAGAAUUCCUGAUGGUAUCAGACAUGGAUCUGUUCAGAGGAGGGCGAACUGUUGAAGCAGAAUGCAAGGGGAAGGUAAGCAGAGCCUCUGAACCAAAUGAGAAGGCAAAGGAAAUGAGUGUGUGUGUCAGUUAUUUUCAAGUAAUUUAACCAGACCACUGAGCUGAUUUAUUAAGCUCUUACAGGGUUAGCUCAAAGGUUUUGUCCAUUUUGAUAAUAUAGUUUAGAUUUUAAUGAUUAAAUUACAGGUCCUUAAAUUUUGUAAAUGAUGUUAUUGGAAAUUAAAAAGCAUUCACACAUCACAUAAGAAAUGUUUAACCGUUUAUUAUACUCUACAAUCUAUACACGUACUGAUUGGAUCAUAUGGGCUAUUCCUCAAACAUCGAUGGGUUAGACAAGAGUGAGAAGUUCUAAGACCAGUCAAAAUUACUGGUGUGUCAUUCCAAAAUUGGACUUCAUCUAUGUAUUUUAUUUUGUUACUAUCAGUGUUCCAAUAUAUUCAGCCAUUUAUUGAUUAUGAUGGGUUUCAGGUGGGGAUAACUAAUAUUCUCUAUAUUCUCCUUUCUCCCGCCCCUACCUUAACUAAUCAAAUUGAGUGUCAGACCAAGAUUAACAAUUGUUGCAUAUAAAGUUUUUAUAUCUCAUGACCCGUGUAAAUAUGGCAGAGCUCAAGUAGAUGCAGGUCAAAAUUUGGCAAAAAUUUAUUACAAUUUCUUCUGAGCUCAUGACUUAUUUGGCAUAUGUGUGUAUACUUUAACAAGCAAAAUUUAUGAGUAAUAAAAAAGUAAGAAAAAUUUAAAUCUAUGUACUUGCAAAAAUAACAUAAACAGUACAUAUAUAUCCCAUAAAUAAAGUAAAACUAUUUUCCAAAAAUUAAUGGAAUAUAAAACAAAAA